GUUUCAUACAAUGUUGAUGGAUUUUGUGAGAAAAAUCGUGAUACGUUCUAUAAAGAUCUUAUUGCAUUGAUGCAACAAAGUAAUCGUCAAUUUUUCAAACAACUUUUUCCGGAAAUUGUAUCGUCCAGUGGAAAGAAGCCAACAAGUUUUUCAUCUAAAAUUAGGAAUCAAGCAAAUGAAUUGGUUGAUUCGCUUAGUAAAUGUGCUCCUCAUUAUGUACGUUGCAUUAAGCCAAAUGAUACUAAGCGAUCAUUGGAAUGGGAUGAGAAACGUGUGUUACAUCAAGUGGAAUAUUUGGGUUUAAAAGAAAAUAUUCGAGUUCGACGGGCAGGUUUUGCAUAUCGUCGUCUUUUUGACAAAUUUCUUUAUCGUUAUGCUAUUCUUAGCCCAAAAACAUGGCCUAAUUAUCAUGGUGAUCCUCGGGAAGGAAUUAAGAUCAUUUGUCAAACAGUAAAUAUGGAUCGCGAUCAAUAUCAAUUGGGUAAAACAAAAAUUUUUAUCAAAAAUCCUGAAUCGCUUUUCCUUUUGGAAGAAAUGCGUGAAAGGAAAUAUGACAGUUAUGCACGUGUAAUUCAAAAAGCAUUUAAAAAAUUUACUGCUCAAAAACGAUAUGCCAAAUUGAAGGAAGAUGCGUAUAGUUUAUUCUUGAAUAGAAAAGAAAGAAGACGAUUUUCAAUAAAUCGUAAUUUUGUUGGUGAUUACAUCGGUCUCGAUUGUCAUUCCGCUCUACAAGCAUUAGCUGGUAGAAAGGAGCGUAUUGUUUUCGCUGCAACAAUUAAUAAAUAUGAUCGAAGAUUUAAGGUUUCAAAACUUGAUUUUCUUAUAACAACGAAUAAGAUUGUUCUUAUUGGAAGGGAAGUGGAAAAGAAAGGACCAAAUAAAGGGAAAAUUAUUGAGGCAAAAUUUUAUUGUUAUUCAUUCUUUGUAUGA